AUGAAGUUCUCCACCGCCACCAUCUUCCUCCUCACCUCCCUCACCGUCGCCGUCCCGCUCUACCCAUACACCGCCCCGCCGGUCAAGAGCGUGGACUCGAUCCACGAAUUGAAUGUCGGCCGCUCCAUCGUCAGCGACGCCAACGCCAACGCCAACGACGCCGGCAACGACAACAGCCCCAAUGGCGACAUCAACCUCUGA